UGAAUGCAAUGAUUGUAAACAAACAGGAGUUAUCGUGAUUAUUUUAAAAAUUAUCUCGAUUACUGAUAGCAUAAAGUCAAGAUGUUAAUAUAAAUAUUGUAACUUAGCCCCAGCCAGUUAUCUUUUAAUUCCGCUGUUACUUGCCGUACGCUUAUAUAAGAAUUAUUUCAAGUACAAGUUACCACGUCGAAUUUGAAUCGCUGCUUAUUAGCCUUUUUGUAAUUUUUACGUUUUGAAAUGAAUAAAUCAUCCAUAAAGCAUGAUAAAUUCAUCAUUGUGGGCGAUAUUGUCUCGCCAAUUUCGUUAAAAGAGUUACAGUGCUUUGACGGGUACAUACAAGUUGAAUAUGGAAAGAUAACAAAAAUUGGCACUAGAGAAACGUUUACUGAAAAUAAAAAUGCCGGGCAUUAUAAGGACAUUGCAGUUGGCCACUUGUCACAAGGCCAAUUCUUAUUGCCAGGUUUUGUGGAUUGCCACACGCAUGCACCACAGUUCCCCAACCUUGGCCUGGGACUAGAUCGCCCUCUGUUAGAGUGGCUUGACAAGUAUACAUUCCCAUUAGAAAAUAAGUAUGCAGAUAGACAGUUUGCUGCAAAUGUUUAUGAAAAAGUUGUGAAAAGACUACUAAAUAAUGGCACAACAACAGCCUGCUAUUUUGGUUCACUCCACUUGGAAGGCACUUUGGAACUUGUGAAGAGUGUCGUAACUCACAAGCAGAGGGCUCUGGUGGGCAAAGUGAGCAUGAAUGUGGAGAAUAAUGCGGGAUAUUUUAAUAAGACUGAGAACGAAUUGAGAGAUGUUGAAACAUUUGUAAAAAAUGUGUAUGCAUAUAAGAAUAAUCUAGUUGAACCUAUAAUUACUCCACGGUUUGCAUUAAGUUGUGACAGUGAGCUUAUGGAAGGAUUAUCGCAGAUAGCAAAGAAAUAUCAAUGUGCCACACAGAGUCACAUAUCUGAGAACAAAGAAGAAAUAGAAUUUGUGUUAAAAACAAAUCCGGUAUGCUCGAAUUAUACAGAAGUUUACGAUCGCUGCGAAAUCUUGAACAAGAGGUGCAUAAUGGCGCACGCGGUAUACUUGAGUGAAUGUGAGAUGUCUAUUUUCGCUCGCAAAGGCGUGUCCGUGGCGCAUUGCCCCGCCUCCAACACGCGACUCAAGUCAGGGCUUUGCCCCGUCAGGACACUCCUGGACCACAACGUAUGCGUCGGUCUAGGAACAGAUGUGUCGGGAGGGGACAGUGCCAGUAUUUUGGACGCGAUGCGGCGCGCCAUGGAUGUAUCAGAACAUCUGCUCAUGACAGGAGGCAGUGGACCCGCGCUCGACUGGAAAGAGGCGCUCUACCUCGCCACUGUCGGCGGCGCAAAAGCUUUGGGCCUCCAGGAUAAAAUAGGUGCAUUCGGAGUGGGCAAAUCAUUUGACGCCCUGGUCGUAGACGUGGGCGACCCGCGCGGACCCAUAGACAACUAUACAGACUCCUUGCUGGGAACGGAAGCUCUCGUGGACUUAGCACAGAAGUUUGUCUAUUGCGGCGACGACAGAAACAUCGUACAAGUGUACGUCAAUGGCGAACAAGUCAAGCAUACACUACCCCCUUAUGCGUCAGUGGCGACAUUUCCAUUUUUUCUUUGUGAAUAACUUGUGAUGUCAGCGACUUAUUAUUUUUUAUAAAAAACAUUCGAAAUUAAAUUACAAAACACAUAGUUUCAUUUGUGACUCGUUAGUAUCUCAAAAUGGUUAGCGCCUACUGAGAUUUUUGUCUUACGAUUAUGAGCGCUAUACUAAAUUCUUUCCGCGAAUAGAGUAUACGUAUAGUAAGACGCCUUCCAUAGGUGCCACAUAACUAUAUUCACCAUUUCGUUGUUAUGAAGGUGUCAAAGUUAGCGUUAGUAUAGUGUAAUAU